AUCUCUACCCACGGAUUGGACACUCAAUCGUCGGCAACGCAGCUGCUGCGAUUGCUUAUCAGUGAGAGCAGACAUGAAAGGUUAGUGUUCAUGGCGCAAGUGCAAGCCAACAUCACGGCACUCACAGCAAAGUAUCUGCACCACACCACCAAGCUCAUCUACGGCCCAGUGGAUCUGCAACAGAUCAAGUCAUGGACUGACAAGAUGGUAGGUAUCGUAUCUUCGUCUAAGGGUUUAGGAUUUGGGAUAUACCAGCAACCUUAUCGACGGCCCUGGGUUUAG